AUGCAUUUACGAUCAACAAAAUUACGAUGGCAAGUUGAACUUGAAUUCGUACAGUGCCAGCAUCCCAAUUAUUUAAACUUUUUAGCUCAACGCGGUUACUAGGAUCAAGCAUUUAUCAAUUAUCUUAAAUACCUGCAGUAUUGAAAGAACCGAGUAUGCCAAAUAUCUAUAUUCCGAUGUUUGUAUUUCUUGAUUACUAUUAAUGAACACUUUCGGCGUGAGAUGUCAUCUGCAAUGUUGCAAUUCAUCGAUGAUCAAGCUAUAUUGCAGUGGCAACAUUAUACUCGUAAGCUGAUUAAAAUUAAUAGUGUCAAUGAUGGGCAAAUGAAUGCUGCUGAUCUGGCAGCAAUGGAUGCACAGCAGCAGCAGCAACAAAAGCAGCAAAAUCAACAGAAUCAACAACAGCAACGCGGGACAAAAACCGGAGCUGCUCACGCGCAUGUAGGCUUGCAAAAGCUUGUGAAUAAUGUGCAACAACAACAGCAAAAUCCGACAUUUUAUUUUAUUUAG